CUCUCUAGUCUGUACUCGAUUCUUUGGUUUUGCUUUGCUUGUGCCAGUUGUGCCUGCCUGCCUUCCUUGUAGAUAAAUUACAUGACAAGAUAGGUACCUAGCUAGUGAAAUAGAUAAUAAUGAUAGAAGAUUGACGCGGAACUGCGUACAGAAACUUUAUAAUUUAGGCUAAAGGCUAUUUAAAAUGCAUAUAAGUGAUUGCUACCGUCAAAAUUGCGAUCUGUUUUUUAUUAGAUGUGAAUUCUUCGAUAUGUAAAAUACUAUUUUAUGGACUAUAUUAUGAGGCUCGAGAAAUGAACAAGGGGUUUCGUUAUUUAGCUUUUGUCCAUUUCCUAUUUUAUUCGAAGGUAUUUCAAGAUGGGUUUGCUUAUUUCCAAAAUUUGGAGCUUGUUCGGCAAUGAAGAACACAAACUUGUCUUGGUUGGCUUGGACAAUGCAGGCAAGACAACUAUUCUGUACCAGCUUUUGCUGGGUGAGGCUGUGCACACGCGACCGACCAUAGGCUCGAAUGUAGAAGAGGUGGUGUGGAGGAACCUACACUUUGUCAUGUGGGACCUCGGCGGUCAGCAGAGUUUGCGGUCUGCAUGGAAUACUUAUUACACUAACAGUGAGUUCGUAAUCAUGGUGAUCGACUCGACGGACCGCCAGCGGCUGACGAUCAGUCGAGAGGAACUACACCGCAUGCUCACUCACGAAGAGCUGAGUCGUGCGUGUCUCUUGGUCUACGCUAACAAGCAGGAUGUAAAAGGAUCGAUGACGGCAGCAGAGAUUUCAGAACAACUGGACUUGACCUCAAUCAAGCAGCAUCCCUGGCACAUACAGGCGUGCUGCGCGCUCACGGGCGAAGGAUUGCAUUUGGGCUUGGAGUGGAUCGCAAGCAGAAUAAAGAAGAAAUGACGAAGUUUUGACGAUCGCCUGCCCGAAUAGGUCUCGUUGUUACAUUUUUUGUAUGGAUAUACAUAUUUUAAUAAUUAAUUAAAAAUAAAGUUUAAAUGCAACUAAAAUUCAGACUAAUAGGAUUUUCUAUAUAUUUUGAAAUGUACACAAAUCAGAGUUUACGAUGUUUUAGAUGAAUGGGAUAUAAUAAAACAUGUUCUUAUAUCUCUAUUUGUUUCAACUGCAAGAUCACCGCCGUCUAAUGUCAUCUUUGGGCGACUGAAUAAAAUCUGACACGAGCACUUAGCAAUAACACACUCGAUAAAAGGACUAAGGUCUUCAAAACAAAAAGGUGUAAUCAAUCGUUGCCUAUUCAUUAGUUCCCUUUUUAGAGCUCCAGGAUUUGUGCGCAGAACUCCACAAUAUUGUAGUGAAACUAAAUGUAAAACGAAUUCCAUUGGCACCUCUAGGGAACUAACUGUCCUUGUAUGAAAUAAUUCGCAACGAUAGUAACGGUUGCGGUUUUGAAAUUAAAGCCGGGUCCACGUUUCAUGUUUUGUAUCUACACAAUCAACAAUACAUGUAUAUUCAACAAAAUCGUCUUAGCAAAAACAUUGCUUUACUACUUACUCCAUUACAUAUCAACAGAACAGGACUCACUAAACUCAUAUCGAAUUCUAUUUCUUUUUAAAUAUUUAGUUGUUUUAGAUGAAAGGGAAACAAAAAACUUUUUAUUUAUAUCUAUUUAUUUCAACUAUAAGAUCCUCAAAACAAAAAAAUAUGUAUAGCCACUCGAUAAUUUUGUGACUAUUCAUAAAGUAACAACGAAUCGAUUUGCAUUAAUAAUAAAAUUGGUUCAUACAUAAUAAUAAAUUAAAAGUAAAAAUAUUAAAUAAUUAUCACAAAAAUAUAACAACAAGAAAUGCAUGUAAUAUAUUUGGUACACCGAUUUACUGUCAUGAUAAAUAUAUGUCAUAUAAUAUUAUGGUAUUAUUUCUACACAAUACAAGGAUUAAUUUAAUAUUAAAUAUCCAAAGGGCUGAACCCACCUUAAGUUUAACAUGAAAUGUAUAUUAUAUGUAUGUAUGAGGGCCGUCUUUCGACAUGAUAUUUUAAAUCGUAUUCAUAAAAGUAACAUACACCUAUAAAACCUACUUCAGACGUAAACGGUCUCUUUCUAUUUUUCAUUGACAAAUAAUGAAAAAAGAGACGAAGAUAUUUCAACUGAAUUAGCAAACUAGAGUUGUUUUAAGGGGUAUAUAUAAAGGGGUCAGAUAUUUUAGAACAUGAAAGUUACAUUGUACUAAAACUAUCGGUAGGUAGUCGACUAAUGCCGCGUGUAUACUUUAUCCAAAAAGAAACUAUCUAAUAUGGUUAUUUACAAAUAAUAAGAUCUAAUACAACAAAUCUGUGAAAAAUGGCAGAAUAUAUCACUCAGUGCAUCACUUUAUUAAUUAGAUAAUAUUAGCGAUUAAAAUUUCGCGAUUCGGCAGUGACCAAUGUUUUUAUAAAGGCAAACAUAUAAUUAUAAUUCGUUCCAUUAUUUUUUUGGAAUAAUCGAGUUUGGUGUCCAUUCAAACUCGCAAUUCAA